AAAAUCCAAAAUCCUGUCAAUGUUGGUUCAACCAAUGCUGCAAGAAAGUCUGUAAAUAGGGACAAGAAUAGAUACUGUAACAUAAGCCCAUAUGAUCACAGUCGCAUACGAUUAAAAGCAGGGGAUAAUGAUUAUAUCAAUGCAAGCUUGGUAGAAGUGCCAAUAAUUGGCAGGAAAUACAUUCUCUCCCAGGGUCCACUAAGUAACACAGCUGGAGAUUUUUGGCAAAUGGUUUGGGAACAAGACUGCAAAGCUAUCGUUAUGCUUAACAGUGUCAUUGAGAAGGGCAUGCCCAAGUGUCACCAGUACUGGCCAGUUGGCACAGCGAAUGGUGGCGAGGACACCGUGACCUUCGAAAAGAAUGGCUUUGCUGUCGAGUUCUUGCAGGCUGCUGGGCAGGACACUUUCAUAAGCAGAAUGCUGCAGCUAACCAAUCUCAAUACUAAUGAAUCACGUGAGGUCAGACAUUUCCAAUACACUGUAUGGCCAGAUUUUGGAGUACCUAAAUGUCCCACGACCUUCUUGGAAUUUCUGGACGCAGUAAAGAAGUCUGGGGCAUUGGCUCCGCAUGCCGCACCACCUGUGAUUCACUGCAGUGCCGGCAUUGGAAGAUCAGGAACUUUCUGUCUAGUCCACACCUGCAUUACGAUGCUGGACAGAACGGGAAAUAUAAGAGCGACAGACGUGGAGAAACAGCUGUUAGCACUGCGACGUCAAAGGAUGCGACUAAUCGAAAAAGUUGGGCAGCUGCGGUUUUGUUGCCUGGUGAUAGUGCUGUGGGCCAAGGGAAGCGAUGCCGUAUCCACCCUGCAAGACAUUUCUUUAGGCUGGGGCGAUGAGGAGGAGGAUGGUGAUAGUGGAGUGAGCAGCAUGCAUACUGAGGAAGAAGUAGAGGAAAUACCACAGGACUUGCACAUAGGUGAUGGCUGUAAAUUAAGUGAGGGAGUGAGCACAAGUGGGGAGGAUGGGGAGGAGGAGGAGGAGGAAUUUGAAACAGAGGCGUUUGAGGAGAAGGAGGGGUCCAACAGCAGCUCGAUGUCUGAAGAUAAGCAAGCAACAGUAGCCCAAAAACGUGCUUCUGUCAAUUCUAUUGAAUUUGAGAGUCCUAAGCGACUGAAGAGUGAAUCGGGUGACAUCUAAUAUACACAGCUAAAAAAUCAUACUUGUUAUGCGUACAGCAGUGAUUAGACAAAUGGUGAUACGCAAGGCCUUUGGUCCGAAUCUCGUUACUAUAAAACAUCUGUGAUUGAAAGUCAUCGUGUAUCAAGCAAUCACAAAUAAAUAUGUUUGUAAAAAAACUUGUCCAUUUCAAACAGCUGUGUUUUGGUAAAGGCGUUAACGUGCAUUCUCUGGCAUUCUGGCACUCUGGCAGUCUGACUACUGUAGUGAUUGCAAUGUUUGUUCAAUUGUUUAUUGGCUUAAGAAAUAUGCACAGUG